AAAUAUUAUGGCUAAAAAAUUAGUCAUUGGUAGCAUUGCCUCAAUUCUUGUGGUGGCUUGUGUUGUUGCAGCAUGUGUCACCAUUACCAAAAAGAACGCGAGCGAUCCAUCAAGUGGUGGUGGUGAUGGUGCUAGCAAUGGUGGUGUUUCAACCUCUACAAAAUCUGUUAAAGCAAUAUGUCAACCUACUGAUUACAAAGAAACUUGUGAGAAGAGUCUUGCAUCAGCCAAGAACACUAGUGACCCAAAGGAACUUAUAAAAGUUGCAUUUGAAUCAACCAUAACUGACAUAAAAAAUGCCAUAAAAAAUACUGACUUGAUCAAGGAUGCAGCCAAAGAUCCUAGAACCAAAGAGGCUCUACAUACUUGUGAAGGUCUUCUUGAUGUGUCUAUUGAUGAUCUAAGAAGAUCAUUCGAUAAAGUUGGCACCUUUGAUAUCAACAAGAUCAAGGAUUAUACCGAUGAUCUAAAAACAUGGAUCAGUGCUUCGAUUACUUAUCAAGAAACUUGCUUAGAUGCUUUUCAGAACACAAGUGGUGACACUGGUGAGAAAAUGAAGAAAUUGUUAAAAACUGCAGGGGAGCUUACUAGCAAUGGUCUUGCUAUGAUUACUAGCUUUGGUGACAUGCUUACUAGCAUGAACAUCCCUGGUAUUAGCCGCCGAUUAUUGGCAAAUGACUACACAUCAUUCGUUGAAGACGGUUCACGUAGGCUUCUUCAAGUUUCAAGUACCAAGCCUAAUGCUGUGGUUGCUCUAGAUGGCAGUGGACAAUUCAAGACCAUCAAAGAAGCCCUUAAAGGUGUGCCCCCAAAGAACAUUCAACCCUAUGUCAUCUUAAUCAAGGCAGGUGAAUAUAAGGAGAUUGUCGAUGUCCCAAGAGGGGUGACAAACGUUGUGUUUAUUGGCGAAGGCCCAACCAAGACCAAGAUUACUGGCAACAAGAACUAUGCUGAUGGCACUGCCACUUUCCAUACCGCCACCGUUGCCGUGAACGGAGAUGGUUUCGUAGCAAGGGAUAUCGGGUUUGAGAACACAGCAGGAGCAAUGAAGCACCAAGCCGUUGCACUCCGUGUAUCAGCAGACAAGGCAGUUUUCUACAACUGCAACAUUGAUGGAUACCAAGACACUCUAUACACACAUUCCUACAGACAAUUCUACAAAGAUUGUUCCAUCUCAGGAACCAUCGACUUCAUCUUUGGCGAUGCAUCUGCCGUGUUCCAAAACUGUAAGAUGAUUGUAAGGAAACCAGGUAACAACCAAGCUUGUAUGGUCACUGCUCAAGGUAGAAAAGACCAUCGUGGGGUCGGUGCAAUCGUUUUGAGGAACUGUGAAAUCAGGGCUGAGCCAGCAUUCACUAGCACUCAGCCACCAAUCAAAGCCUAUCUUGGACGACCAUGGAAGGAGUAUUCCAGGACAAUUAUAAUGCAAACUCAGAUAGACGCGUUCAUUGAUCCUGAAGGAUGGGCUCCAUGGAAUGGUAACUUUGCUCUAAACACUCUGUACUAUGCAGAGUAUCAGAACAGGGGACCAGGAGCAAAUACUGACAAAAGGGUUAAAUGGGCUGGUUAUAAGAGAAACAUUUCACCACAGGAAGCUGAAAAAUAUGCUCCUAAUAUCUUCAUUGAUCAAGAUAGCUGGAUUAAGAAGACUGGCAUUUCCUAUUGAUGAAUCUGUAACAACUUUAAUUAUGAAUCUAAUCUUCUACUGUUCAAUUU